ACAGAAGGAGCUGCACCUAGAAUAUAUAAAGAAUUCCCUAAACUCAACAGGAAGAAAUCAAAUGGUCCAAUCAAAAGACAUGACACUUCGCCAGAGAGGGUCACAUGUACAGAUGUGGAUGUGGGGUCCCCAGCCCCCGUGUGAACGGAAGCCGUGGGAGGCCUGAGUGCACAUCAGACCAGCUGAGAGGAAAAACUGACACGGAUGCUAGAAGGACGCAGAGAAACUGCAGAGAAACGAGCUCUCACGCUAGAGAGCAUCUGGGCAGGGCUUUAAAAUCUAUUUUUGUUCAUUUGUUCGGCUGCGUUGGGUCUCUGAGAUCUUCAGUUUCGGUGCACAGACUCUACUUGCGGCUCGUGGCCUUAGCUGCCCGGUGGCGUGUGGAACCUCAGUUCCCUAGCCAGGGAUCAAACCCACGUCCCCUGGGGCCCGUGGGCAGCUCUGAGGGGAACCGAGUGGUCAGUUUCCAGGCGUGCAGUGCAGCCUGUGUGUGCUUGUCCACGGCCACACCUCGCAGCUGGGGAGCGGGGGCCCGCGGCCUCCAGCGCCGGGGGGUUCAGCUCACUGGGGCAGCCUCCUCGCAGGCCCCGGGGAGCUGAGGGAAGAAGCCAGGCUCGGUCGUCUCUGACUCCCUCGCAAGGACCAAACAUCGGAGAGGGGAGCCGAGAGGUGGGGGCAGGGCCGGGCGGCUGUGGUUACACGAAUCGACAGGUGGGCGCAGAAAAGGGGCAACUUUCCUGCACGCGCGGGAACAGCCUGACCUUCCCCUCCGGGCUUCCGGCCUUUGCUCGGGUUGAGUCCUGGGCCUCAGGCCUUUGCAGUCACCUGACUCCGACCUGCCCUUCGCCCAGUCCUGGCGCCUUCCCCGGCUGGGGAAGGGCGGGGUCAGAGGGCAAAGUCCGAGCAGCUCCCAGGAGGGACCCCUCUGGGCGGGGGCGGGGUGGUGACCCUGGGUGGGGGCAGGGCCCAGCGGUAAGCAGGCUGGGUGUGGGGGUGGCGACAGGGGGUGGGGUGGCGGCAGGCAGAUAUCGCCGGACAGGUGCCGAGAGCUGGCAGAUGGUCCAGCUCCCUCCUCGCGGCCUCCUGCUGCUCAUCGACAGCCCAGCGCGGUCCUUGGCCCUGCCUGUUGACCAGCAGGAGUGGGCCACCUGAGCCCCAGGGAGGACGAGGGGCGCUCCAGCCAGCGGAGUCGGGGUGCCCCCCGCAGCCCCACAGGUGCCAGUCCCGCCCCCACCAUGGGGCUGACCUGGAAGCAGCGGGUCUUCAAGGCUCUGCUGGGUGCCGCCGCGGUCUCAGGCCUCACCGCGCUACUUCUCAUCCUGGUGGGGACCAUCAACGUCCUCCUGCCUACAGACACCAAGUUCGGGAUCGUGUUCGACGCUGGGUCCUCCCACACAUCCCUCUUUGUGUAUCAGUGGCCGGCCGACAAGGAGAACGACACGGGCGUGGUCAGCCAGGCCCUGGCCUGCCAGGCGGAAGGGCCUGGAAUCUCUUCCUAUGCCUCCGACCCUGCACGGGUCGGCGAGAGCCUGCAGGGCUGCCUGGAGGAGGCGCUAGCACUGAUCCCAAAGGCCAAGCAUCACGAGACACCCAUGUUCCUGGGGGCCACUGCCGGCAUGCGGCUGCUCAGCCUCAAGAAUCGCUCGCAGGCGGAGGACGUCUUCGCCGCGGUCAGCCAGGCCCUGGGCCAGUCCCCGGCAGACUUCCGGGGCGCAGAGCUCCUGACAGGGCAGGACGAAGGCGCCUUUGGUUGGAUCACCGUCAACUACGUCCUGGGCCUGCUGGUGAAGUACUCCUUCUCUGGAGAAUGGAUCCAGCCCCUGGAGGAGACGCUGGUGGGCGCCCUGGACAUGGGUGGGGCCUCCACCCAGAUUACCUUUGUACCUGGAGGCCCCAUCCUGGACAAGACCACCCAGGCCACCUUCCGCCUCUACGGCGCCGACCACACCGUCUACACUCACAGCUACCUCUGCUUCGGGCGCGACCAGGCGCUGAGCAGGCUGCUGGUCGAGCUGGUGCAGGCCAGCCCAGGCCUCCUGGUUCGCCACCCUUGCUACCACAGCGGCUACCGGGACACGCUGGCCCUGGCGCCCCUGUAUGAGUCGCCCUGCAUCCUGGCAGCAGCGCCCCCGGACCUCAGCCAGAACCUCACUGUGGAGGGCACGGGGAACCCCGGGGCCUGCAUUGAGGCCCUCCGGAAGCUCUUCAACUUCUCCAGCUGUGACGGCCGAGCAGACUGUGCCUUCGCCGGGGUCUACCAGCCCCCCGUGCAGGGCCAGUUCUACGCUUUCUCCAGCUUCUACUACACCUUCCACUUCCUGAACCUCACCUCCAGGCCGUCACUGAGCGAGGCCAACGCCACCAUCUGGGAGUUCUGCCUGCAGCCCUGGAAGCUGGUGGAGGCGAGCGCGCCCCUGGGCCAGGACCGCUGGCUGCGGGACUACUGUGCCUCGGGCCUGUACAUCCUCACACUCCUGGUCGAGGGCUACGGGUUCAGUGAGGAGACCUGGAGCGGCCUCGAGUUCCGCCAGCAGGCUGGCAGCACCGACAUCGGCUGGACGCUGGGCUACAUGCUGAACCUGACCAACCUGAUCCCGGCCGAGGCGCCCGCGCAGUGGCGGGCGCAGAGCUUCAGCAUCUGGACAGCCGGGGUCGUCUUCGUGGUGCUGACACUCACGGCCACGCUGGGGGCCGUGGUGGUGCACGUCUUCUGGCUCCAGGACUAGGCCAGCGGCCCCUGAUGCCGGCCGCUGAGACCCGGCGCCCAGCCUGGCCACCUGGGCCGGCCCGUCCCCAUCAGGAGCUUCGGCCCUCAUCCUGGGGGCUCCGGCCAGCCGUCAGACAACCUCCUUCUGCCCCCGGGGUCGCCCUGGCCAUGGAGGCUGCGGAGGUCCCAACCACAGCCGCCGGCCCCCGGCACCCCGGCCUGUCUCCCGGGAGCCUCUGCACAGAAGCCAGGCUGUCAGGACCCGUGCGGCACCUGGACUGUUGACGGCAGACUGACGUGUGUAGGGCUGGCUCGGGCCUGGGGUGGGCCAGCUCUUUGGGAAGGGUUGGCCGUGGGCCGUGGGGUCUCUGACAGAGCUGGUGUCCAGUUUCAUGGGGUUCUCCCGAGCAGCCCACCCACACCCCUGGAAGCCUGGUCAGGCCCUCUCAGCGGUCAAGCGCAGAGACAGGUCACACGUGGGAGGCAGAGGCCUUUAUUAAACCCUCCCCGCCCUGGC